AUGCACAUGGACGAUGAGUCCACACCGGCAAGAGCUUCAAUGGAUCCAGCUAUGAGUAAGUACAACAUAGUCUUAGACAAGACCACCUAUGAACUCAACUUCUACAUUGUAUAUAUACUAGUAGACAAGCUGUACGCGCAAGUAGCGGACGAUCCCAUUGACAUCAGAGCAUUCCACAAACUACGCAAAGCAGUCCAUGAACAACAACCCAAGCGAUUAACUCCAGUAAUAUAUGAGUGGUUAGUAGAGCUAUACAAUAAAACUAUGAAGAACUGUGACAAAAGUGAUCACGAUGAGUGCAUUGCGAUCAGUGGCUUUAUGAGCGAGUUAACUCUAAUUAGGUCUCACGAAGGGGACAAAGCUUCAGAACCAGAACUGAACAAACUGUUCAAGAUGAGAGAGUUCCCGAAGUGGCCAGUAGCCAAGUAUGUCAGUUUGGCUGACUACUAUCUACUAGAGAAGUGGCUCAACGACUUCUAUGACACUCGUAUGAAUGUCAAAGUACGCGCAGCACGGUUGCGUCGCACAAUGUUUGAGUUGGGGAAGCGUUUCAAGGGCACGGAGAGAGAGGCCAUCAAUUGGCAACUCCUCAAAGCAUCACGUUACCAAGUACUAGCCAUGUACAAUUUGCAAGCAGAAACAGACAAGUUGAUCAAAGCUCAGACAAUACCAGACGGUAGUAGUGGACACUUAUCUGACAUCUCAGAGAAGAUAUUUCAUGAACUCACUGAAGACAUGAUCAAACAGGGAACAAUACUACAAGCUAAUCGCAAGCGUGAAAACAAGCGAGCGAAGAAUACAACUGUUCCUGAACCACGAGCCACUCGCCCAAAACUGGACAUACCUCCAGGGGGUCUACCCAAAGGGGGGGGGGACCACCAAGAGGGGGAGGCCCACCAAGGGGUGUAG